AUGUAUUCCAUCGGUUCGAGCAGAGUCUUCGACCCUUACGUGCAGGUAAUCCAAAAUGCUAAUAUCACUCAGUACAUCUGGGACAAGUCCUUGCUGCAACCCUUGUGGGACUACUUGCGCUCUAACCAUCAGGAUGCUCUCCGCUCACCUCUCUUCCCCGUUAUCAUCUCGGUCUCCACCUACUUCGUCCUGUGCACAUUCUACAUGAUGAUCGAUCUUCUGGCUCCUAGGUGCCCGCUCAUCAGAAGAUACAAGAUCCAUCCCGAACAACAUGUAAAGUGGGAAGACAUCUUCAAGACUCUAUGGCACACUGGCUACAACCACCUAUUCUUUGUCUUCCCAGCUGCCGUGGGCCAGUGGUACUGGAGACCACCGAUCCCUCUACAGGAGGAGGCACCACUGCUCUCCGAGUUUCUCAUUGGCAUCCUGGGCUGUACAAUACUCUUCGAUUUCCAGUAUUACUUUUGGCACAUGAUGCACCAUAAAGUCCGGUGGCUCUACACUACAUUCCAUGCUAUCCACCACGAGUACUAUGCCCCCUUCUCCUGGUCAACUCAGUACCUCUCUGCCUGGGAACUGGUCAGUGUUGGCUUCUGGACCACCAUAGACCCAGUUAUCCUCCAGUGUCACUGCCUCACGGGGUUCACAUUCAUGGUCUUCAACAUCUGGAUUUCAGUGGACGACCACAGCGGCUAUGACUUCCCCUGGGCCCUUCACAAUAUCAUCCCGUUCGGCCUCUGGGGUGGCACUGUGAAGCACGAUGCCCACCAUCAGAAGCCUCAGAGCCACUUCGCCCCUUUCUUCUCUCACUGGGACUGGCUUUGUGGCACUUCCCGUGACUGCAAACGCUCGCCCGCCGUCAUGGAGCUGCAAAUGAAGUCACGGAAAGCGAGUGAGGAGCAGCAGUGA